AUGGAUCCUCCAUCGCCCUCUUCAUCCGAUGAUUCAAUCGAUCUCGAUGACGCUAUUCUUAGUACCGUUGCUUUGACGGUUACUACUAUGAUUCAAGCCGCGGAAGACGAGGAGGACGAGGAAGACCAACUCUCGCCUAGAAGAAGAACGGUUCUGGAACGUCAGCGUGAAGAGGCAUAUGCGCGAUUGGUCCGCCUUUACUUUGCCGAGCGACCCGUAUUUGGCGCGAGGGAUUUUAGGCGGCACUAUUGUAUGAGCAAGCGGCUAUUUUUGAAAAUUACAAAUGACUUGGAAGAAAGGUAUCCAUAUUUUCAACAAAGAAUGGAUGCUCGUGGAAAGUUGGGUUUCAUGCCGAUACACAAGACUACCUCCGCGCUUUGUCAAUUAGCAUAUAGGUGUAGCGUCGACUUGUUUGACGAGCAUUUGGAGAUGUCGGCUAGGACUUCCCGGGAGUCGCUAGUUUAUUUUUGUAAAGGUAUAAAUGAAUUGUAUGGACCGACAUACCUACGGAGACCUACAUCUAUGGAUCUUGAACGAAUGUACGAUGUGCAUGAGCAACUUCAUGGUUUCCCUAGUAUGAUCGGUAUUAUUGAUUGCAUGCACUGGCCAUGGGAGAUGUAUCCAACCGCAUGGCGCGGGUCCAACAAUGACAUCAACGUGUUUGAGGUAUCCCCAGUCUUGGAAGAAAUUAUAUCUUGCUUGGCACCUACAGAGGGUUUUCAUUCAAACAAAAACUACUACAAAGCCGGAUACUACUUGACAGAUGGCAUCUACCCUGAGUAUUCCACUUUUGUGAAGACUUUUAUUGACCCGAUUUAUGACAGGAGAAAAUACUUUAAGAAAAAACAAGAAUCAGCGCGAAAGGAUAUCGAGAGAGCAUUCGGGGUUCUUAAAAAGCGUUGGAAAGUUGUUAGUUUUUCCUCACGAUUCUGGGACAAGGAGAGGAUGCAUGACGUGAUAUAUACGUGUAUCAUUCUACACAACAUGAUAUUGGAGGAUGAAGAUAAAGCUUUUUGUCAAGACUUCAACGAUGAAGACCUGACACUAGACCCGGUGUAUUAG